AUGGAAUAUCAAAAUAAAAAUUAUAAUACAAGAGUCGAAGAUGUACAGUUUGAUCCUGAUCACAAUCGCGACGAACAAAAUGUUUUGGUAGCAUCGGCUGUCGUGGACGAUACAGAAAAGCUCAAGCGUUCGAUCACAUGGUUAGAUGCAUUUUGGGUAUCAAGUGGUGUGCCUGCUCUUGUUCUAUUUUCUAUCGGUGCUAUUGCAGCAACUGUUGGAAAUCCAUCUUGGUUCGUUUGGACAAUCUCAAUCAUUAUCGGUUUUUUACAGUCAUUUGUCUACGCCGAAAUUGCAGGACUAUUCCCAAAUAAGUCAGGUGGUGCAUCAAUCUACGGAGCUAUUGCCUGGGUACGUUAUGGUAAGAUGCUGGCACCCAUUUCUGUCUGGUGUAAUUGGUUUGCUUGGUCACCUGUGCUAGCAAUCGGAACUGGACUGAGUGCUGGAUACAUCCUCAGCAUGUUUGAUUCUAAUGCGCUGGUGAACACAUGGCAAUUUAAAAUUCUUAGCCUUAAUUUCAUUAAGACAGAUCUAUCGCUGAGGAUCAAUUCAACUUUUAUUAUCGGAGCACUAUUGAUGCUAGUAGUAUUUGCUAUACAACAUCGAGGCAUUCUCUCGGCCGCUCGCGUUCAGAUGAUCUUUGCUAUCUCGUCACUAUUGCCGCUAAUCAUCUUAGGUAUAACUCCGCUCGUCAUUGGCAACGUACAUAGUAAACAUUUUAUUCCAUUCGCACCGCUUUUACGCGAUGCAACAAAUAAUGUCACUACUGGAAGUUGGGAUAGAGCAGGCAUGACGUUAUUUACCGGUGGUAUGUUCAUCGCUGCCUGGUCUACCUAUGGUUUUGAGACAGCUGUCUGUUACACAAGUGAAUUCAAAAAUCCAGGAUCAGAUACAUUCAAGGCAAUACUCUCUUCCGGUUUACUGUGUCUAUUCGUCUUUACCUUAAUUCCGAUUACGUUUCAGGGAACACUCGGUCUUAAGGGAAUGCUCGAUCCGGACAUUUAUAAAGGAAUGGGAGUUGCCAAGGCAAUGGCCGAGAUGAUCGGAGCCGGUAAGAUAGUAGCCAAUGUUGUGGUUGUGCUGUUGUUGUUAUCGCUUCUGCUCUCCAUCAUGACUGCUAUGGCUGGGUCGUCACGCACGCUUUAUCAAGGUUCUGUUGACGGUUGGCUUCCAAAGUUCUUAUCUCACGUCAAUCAGCAUGGUGCACCUACGCCUGCGAUGUGGACAGAUCUUACUUUCAACCUAAUCCUCUUGUUAAUGUCUGACUAUAUGUUUGUUCUGGCAGCCUCGAAUGUCGGAUAUAUUAUCUUCAUCUACAUGAACUUGAACGCUGCAUGGAUUCAUCGAAUGGACCGUCCGCACUGGAAGCGACCAUUCAAGGCACCUAUUUGGUUGCUCUUAAUCAGUGUCAUACUUAGCUAUGUUAACCUUGUGUUCCUUGGCAUGGGAUCAGAUAUAUGGGGAAUUGGAACGCUUGUCACCGGUUUGGUAUUUGCCGCCAUGAUCAUUCCAGUAUUUCUCAUUCGUCAUUAUAUCCAAGACAAAGGUACUUUUCCUGCUUCAAUAACAGAUGGCAUUAAUCUCAGUGACGAGAAAACUGUAAAAAGCCGUGCUGGAAUGCUCCCGUAUCUUGCCCUUGGGAUGGGCGUAGUGGUCGUCAUUGUUUCUCGUUUGCUUGCAAAGUACUAAAUUAUAAUACGCUUAUAUCUGCCAAAGUGCUAUUAUAGAAAUCAUAUUCUAUCUUCAGUUUCAGUGUGACGUCAGCAAAAUUAUGUGUAUUUGUAUAGAGUGGUGAGCAUAACUUUAACACACUUUUGUUAUUGCGUUUUCUUCGAGCCCUGUGUUCUUUCUUUCUUUCUUUACAGUUUUGGUCGAUUUUUCCGCCCAACGUUUUCAGUUAUCUCUGGUCGUACAGAUUUGAGAAAAAGAUGAUUCAAAAGUAGAAGCAUCGUACAUGACAGAACUGAAGUUACUUUUCGAAUAUUUGCUUUAGCUAUCCUACAAUUAGUGCCACAAAAUGAAUAUAUUUUUCAGAAAACUCUAUUGUUUUUCCUAUUAGAUAAUUAAUUAUCACGUGAUAUCCUGCGUAGUAAAUCUAUACUUGAUAUGAUGAAAGCUAUACGGCCAGUCCACGUAACGGUAGAUUUUUUUGGCGAAGUAUGAUCACAAAAUCAAGCAAAAUCAAGAUGACUAUGUUGUAGAGCGUUGUCGAUAGUAUAUAAAAACCUAUUUUUUUCUUACUUU